GUUAAAAUUAUACGUGGUAUUUGCGCGAAUCGCGUACCGUAUAUUUUACCUGUGUUUAUUCUAUUUAUAGAGUUUCUGUUCAGCGCAAAUUCUUUUUUAUUUAGAGAUUAUGUUUCUUUAAACUUAUUAAAAAUAUCUUUUGAACAUUUAUCUAGUUGUUUUCGAUUCUAUUAUGAUAAUCAGCAAAGUGAGACUAAUUUGUGAAAUUAUUUAUUUACUUAUUAUAAUAUUUGAGAUUUAAACUAGUCUAACAAGUUUAUACGGAGUCUCACUUCGCUGACGCCCUUGAGAGUGUUCAGGUGUGAAACGGGUGAAACGUGUGAGUGAUACUAGUACCUUACAUUAUUUACGGUAAGAGAGUUAUUUUCAUGUUUGGAAUAACUAUUCAUUUGUAUUAUAUUCCAUACACAGUAAUUUAAAUAUCAUUUAUGUGAGAAUAAUAAAAUUGUUUUAUAUGCAGACUGUUUAGAGAAAUGUAUAGCGAUUUGAGAUAACUUCUAAUAAGUCUGUAGUAUUUUUAGAUUUAAGCAUAAAUAUAUAUGGUGGUUUUUUUAUUAUAUACAGUCAUACCUGUUGCAAGUGAGUGCGCUAGUCUACUAAUUGACUGUGUGUGGCACCGCCGCCAUAUAUUGGAGUAGCUCAUUGCCAAUAAAUUUAAUAUUUAAUUGAAAUAAAGAACUUGAACAGAAUAAGCGAUUUUAUUCUAUUACAAAAUGGCGUCGUGGACAGGAUUUCAAACAUUUUAAUUGGCAAUGAGUUACGGUUAGGGUCCAUACACUGUGAAGACGCUCAACGUUGUGAUCUGAUGUGGCUGUGGCAAUUUUGGCUGAAGACCCUGUUAUUGUGUUGACAAUACUUCGAUGAUCAUCAUAGACUAACGGUCAACUGAUAUCAAGAACUACGUACAAACACCGUUCUCAACGCAACGAUACAUUGUCAAGGACCUUGGACAUUCCAUCCUCAUUACAGUGCGCGUGUUCCAAUCAACAAUCAACGCCCAUUGAGGUGAUAAACAACAAUUGCACCUAUUAUUAACUGUAAACUCACUUAUAACAUUGUUUUUUUUGUGCAUUGAUUUGUAUUUGAAAAUGCCUACUAAAAACGAAAUCAAAGAAUUAUUUGACCGUGAAAGAGAAAAGUCUGACCAGUUAGAAAGUGAGGUAUUAUUACUACAUCGAAGGUUAAAGAAAGCAGAGCAUGAAUUAAGUUUGAAAGAUGAAGAAAUGAAACAAAAGAGUGAUUCAAAUCCAAAUAAAACUGUGUUUGUUGCGAGAGAGAAGAAGAUUGCAAGGUUGUGUGGGAGACCUGUGAAAGAGAGUGACCCUGAUGUAGCAGAAUGGCUUGAUGAUGCUAGGCAGCAUUUGAAAGUUAUCAAUGACAAUGAUGCUAGGAUAGAUUUUUUAAUGGAUAACUUAGGUGGUCAAGCUAAAGAUGAAAUAAGGUUGAGACCAAGACUAGAGAGAGAUACAGCAGAGAAAAUCUUAGAAAUCAUUAAGAGUGUUUUUGCAAGUACAGAAACUCUCGGUGCGCUGCAACAACAAUUCUAUCAACGAGAUCAAAAACACGGCGAGUCGCUGCAAAAUUAUUCGUUAGCCUUAAUGAAACUUCUUGAUAAGAUCGUGGCAAAAGAUGAAAACGCGGUUACCGAUUUUGAUGAAAUGUUGAAAGAACGGUUUGUUGAGGGCAUUAGAGAUUCAUCUCUCCGAAGAGAGAUACGACGGUUCUCAUUCGAAAAGAAGGCUAUGUCAUUUGGUGAGUUUAGACAAAAAGUGUUACAAUGGUCUGAAGACUAUAAAAAUGAACCACUUAGCAAAUCAUUUUCUGCACAUGAAAUCACUUCACAGGAAAGUGUUAAAUCAAAGGUUGUUAAAGAUCAGAGUGAAGAUCAAUUGUCAGAAAUUUUAAAAAUAUUGAAACUUCAGCAAACGCAAAUUGAUGAAAAUCAGAAAGAAUUGAAAAAAUUGUCUGAAGCCAUGAAAACAAGUAAACCACAGUAUGAAAAUAAGUAUUUGCAAGGUAGACAAUUUCCAAAUGUUAGACAGUCCCAUUUAACAUGUUUUCGUUGUGGUGGGAAGGGGCAUAAAGAGCAAGACUGUAGUACUCAGUUAGACACCAGUAGUUUUUCGCGCAAAGGUAAGUCACAGGGGGCAUCGUUCUCUAAUCUUCCUUUAAACGAGAAGCGUCUGUUGUAGAGAGUCGCCCAGCGGACGAGAGAGCAGAGACGAAAGACUCAAUUGAUCAGAGAAUCAUAGAUAGAGCUAUAGGACAAUGUCCUGUCGU